GAGUGCCGCGGCUUCCCUACAAGAAAAGCGCACGAAGGCUUUGCAAAUGGAUGAAAGAGUGUGCUCCUAGCCGUCUGCGUUUCGCGAUGUGAACAUGGCUUCUCCUACGAAGUAUCGCGCGUAAACCGCGUCCACCGCGUUACACCCAGCUCUCCGGCGGGUGUUUCUUCAACUCUGUGGUCUUCAAGAGCCCCUCGUUUGAUCCACACCUACCGCGGAACCGCUGCAGCGCUCGGCUAAUGAAUGGAAACGUCGAGCUGUGUUUGUGAGUCGCCUCAUCACUGCACGUCGUCGUCGGCGCCAAUCCCCGCUUCUUUCUUCGAACUCUGUGUCACUAUGGUGCCUGUGUAGCACCGAGCGACCCUUCCGGUCUCUCCGUGAGCGAUGGCCAGCGGAGGCGCGUCUGUUGGAUGCUCUUCUAAGCCUAACAAAGGCGACAGCGUCGGACAAAGGCCCACUCCUUUGACCGCGGGGAGCCAAGUGGCCGGCGCCUGAAGCUACUCGGAAGAUUUGGUGGGCACAUCCCAACCAUCCGAAAUGGAGACCGUCGGAGACUUCGAGUACAACACCAAGGAUUUGAUCGGCCACGGCGCCUUUGCCGUCGUCUACAAGGGCCGCUACAAAUCGAAACCGGACCUCCCGGUGGCCAUCAAGAGCAUCACCAAAAAGAACCUGGCAAAGUCUCAGAAUCUCCUCGGCAAGGAAAUAAAAAUUCUCAAGGAACUGGCGGAGCUGCAUCACGAAAAUGUGGUCGCCCUUUUGGAUUGCAAGGAAACAACGCACCACGUCCACCUCGUGAUGGAGUACUGCAAUGGAGGAGACUUGGCCGACUAUCUUCACGACAAGGGCACCUUGAGCGAAAACACCAUUCGGCUCUUUCUUCGGCAAAUUGCCGGAGCCAUGCGUGCACUGAAUGCCAAGGGCAUAGUGCACAGGGACCUCAAGCCGCAGAACAUCCUGCUGUGCCACGGGCCGAGGCCCAAGCCUGCCCCUGCCGACAUCACGCUCAAGAUCGCCGACUUUGGUUUUGCUCGCUUCCUUCAGGAUGGCGUCAUGGCUGCCACCCUCUGCGGCUCGCCCAUGUACAUGGCACCCGAGGUGAUCAUGUCGCUGCAGUAUGACGCCAAGGCCGACCUCUGGAGUAUCGGCACCAUCGUGUUCCAGUGUCUGACAGGGAAUGCACCGUUUAGGGCCCAGACACCACAAGCUCUGAAGCAAUUCUACGAGAAGACAACCAAUCUAGUGCCAAGGAUACCAUCUGGAACGUCUCCCGAGUUGCAUGAUCUUCUCAUUAACCUACUCAAGAAGAAUGCAAGAGAGAGGAUGGACUUUGAUGCUUUCUUCUUGCAUCCUUUCCUGAAGCGAGUGGCCAAGCUCAGCUCUCCCAUGCCCGUGCCCUCGCGCCGUUCGGCGUCCCCUGAGGCCUGCGGUCCCGCCCACUCUGCCACGCCCCCUGCCUGCGGGGGCUCUCCCCUAUCGGGGCACCUGCCCCCGUCCCCGCAGGGCUGGUGCGGGGAGGAGCCCGCCCUGGCGGCCUCUCCCGUCCACGCGGCCUCCAAGAGCCCGGCCUCCUCGUCCACCCCACCCGAGGAGCAGGACUUCGUCAUGGUGCCGGCCCCCCUGUACCCGGACUACCAACCGGGGCGGUGGCAGUCGGUCGACUCCGGCAGCGGAUCCUCCAAGACCACCGUGGCUGCCACCCCGGCCAUGGGCGCUCAGGCGGAGGGGGGAUCCCCGCGGCCUUCGUUCCUGGCGGUGCGAGCCCUGGAGCGCAGCGGGGCCCUGGGCGUCUCCUCAUACCGCACGGAGCCCAUCCCGGUGCCCUCGCAGAAGCUGGCCUACGAGCAGAUGCAGCGCAGCCUGGGUCGGGCCCGCAGCUGCGGCUCCUCUUCCUCCUCGGUCGGGGGCACCGCCCUUCCCCCUUCGCCCGACGAGGGGCCCCCCAGGUCGCCCAAGCUGAUGCAAGUGGAGCGCAGGGAUUCUGUGGGCUCCAACUCAAGCGACCUGGGACGCAGGACCCCUGACUUUGCCAACAUGUCCCCGCCCAACGUCCAGUUCCACAUUGGCACCCCCCCAAGCGGCGGCCGCAGGCGCCACCUGAGCGGAGGCACUCCCCCCAGGGUGAGGCACGGCAUCCCCUUGCCCACCGUGGGGUCCCCGCUGCGUCGGCACGUGUGCGCGGGCAACGCCAACCAGCUGGCUGGGCUGGCAAGCCUGGCGUCUGCGGGGGCCAACGCCAACCAGGUGCUGUCCCCGAUCCUGGGCUCCCCCGUGGGGCUAAGGGGCCUGGACAACCUCAACGGGGCCCCAGCCCAGAACUUUGCGGUCCGGGCCAUGACUCUGCCAGAGAUGGCCAGGGACCCCUGUGCAGCCGACCACCUAGAAUGCGGGAUUCACAAGUCCGGCAGCGCAGGCGGCAGGCUGUACGACCCUGGCGCAUUCCUCAGAGCCAACCUGGGGUCCGAACAAGCUGCUUUAGGCUCGUACAGCCCGACAAGCGGCACGGCCAUGCUGCCCUUCGGCAGCGGCGACUGGGGACUGCACCAACGCGUGUCUGGGGGAUCCGGGUCCCCCGGGCCCAACGUGGGGGGCUGCUGCUUUCCCUUCGGCACCUCGCCGCCCCAGGGGGACCCCCCGAACUUCGAGGCCCCCCCGGAGCUGCCCGAAGAGACCCUCCUGGACCGUGAGCACAAUGAGACCCUGGCCAAACUGCACUUCAUCGAGGCUCUGGUCAGCUGCAUCCUGGAACUGGCGCGAACCACGUCGGAGCCCCUCACGGCCGCCCUGUCCGAGUCCAUGCUGUGGAGACAGUGGUGCCUGAGUGCGGAGGAGCAAGUCGCCCGUGUGCUUGGCGAAAGCCGCCUGGGCCGCACUGAGCAGCUAAUGCUGUACCUGCGGGCGGCCGAGCUGCUGGGCUCGGCCCUGGCCAUGGCCCGGAGAGAGGUGCAGGCCCACCGGCUCCACACCUCCUCACAGGUGCGUGCCCUGACGCGCUGGAUGCGGGAUGUCCUGGGUACGUGCGUGUCCCAGGCCAGGAGGCUGCAGGCCUUGGGUGCAGUGGCCCCUCGGGAGCGGGAAACCAGGGACUCAGUCACCAACAAGCUGCUGUACGCCUACGCCAUGGACCUGUGCCGCACGGCCUCCAUGGGGGAGUUGAGUGCCCGCACGGAGGAGCUGGGCCCCCAGGACCCCAACGCCACGGAAGCCCAGCUCGCCGCCGCCGAACACAGGCGGGAGGUCGUGGCCCUCACUCUGACAGAGUGCUUCAUCCGCUACCAGACUGCCCAGAUUCUUCUGCACAGCCUGGCCCAACAGAUGGAAAGCGACGCAGAGAGGCUGUUCAUCGGCAGACACAAAGAAGCAGUCGAAAAACGCCUCUCUCUUCUUCAGAACAACGGGCUCGUGUACGCUUACGACUGCACCUGACGCACCCCGUCGCAGAACUCUUGAAGACCUUUCCUUUCCUCGUCCCGUUCUUGAGUUUGGCCAAGUCCCCCUGCUUCCGUCUAGCAAGUGUCCUUCUUUCAUUUAAUUGUUUCCUGCUGCCUCCCCUCGUUGGCAUUUCAUCCUUUUGUACAGUUUGUUGAACCUCCAGCUGCGUGUUGCAAUGGCUCGAUAUUCACCCACAACUUUUAAGACUUCUUGUUUUUUUUUUUUUACUUUUUUUUUUCUACACGGGGGCAGACCCUGCAGCGGUACGCCAUCCGUCGUAUGCCUUAGUGCUCCCCGCACGCUUCUUAAGCACCGACGCCUCUUGGGCGGAGCAUUUGUGCCGCCCUAACCUUUCGUGUAACGCACGAGGCCCUUUCACGCCGUGCUUCGUACACUAGUCACCUUUCCCCUCAUUUCAACCAAUCAAAGUGUGCGGUGCGCGUGGCGCCGCUUUGCUCCUAUUUUCGGGGAGAGCCGAGGAGAGAUCUCUGAGGCUGCGAACAAGCGGCGGUUUUAUUGUAAACAACUGACAUUGGGUGGCCUUUUUUUUUUUUUCUUUUUUUUUUCCUAUUGAAUGUGUUUUUUUGUUUUUUUUGUCAUGUAAGGGUUUGUUAGACGUAAUUAUUACUCGCCGUCACUUCUAAGAAGUCUCGCGUUUAUAAUUUUGACAGUGCAUCUUUUUCACAAUGUAUAAAUGGCAUACUAGCUCCUUUAUUGAUUGUUCUAAUGCUGAUUUUUCGACAACUAUUAUAUAAUUGUUCAAACUUUACGAAACGUCGCCUUUAUAUCUGGGCUCGAGUUUUGUUGCUCUGCUGGUCUUGCAAAGCGGGUGUCAGCAAUAUGUACAUAGGACACCCGGCAGCCUGCCGACUUUGUCUAGAUGCGCCCACGAAAUCAGCACGACUAUCCUAAGAUGCCAAGUUACUCUCUCGCUACUGAGCAACUGCAAUGUUAGAAGGUACUAGGCGCCUGUACUUGAAACAGUUUUUGCAAAGAAGUUGUAACAUUGCCAAGCACAAGCUAGGACUAGGGACAAGCACUGUAGAUGUAGACGAUUAUUUUUUGUCUCAAGAUGUUAGGAUAGGCACCCUGUGAAUAUGUGAGCACUCCUCUCGAUUGCCUUUGGGAGACGGGACAGCUCCAUUGCUUUACGAGACGUUUUGACUACUAGGUUCCUGCAUGCACGAGUGUUGUUGUGAUAUUUUGUUUUGACAAUUAACCGAAAGAUGGUUGUGCGUAGCUAACAAGAACAUUCUGCAUUCUGACUCGUAAUGUCACGUUUGUAUGCUGGGUGUAGAGAGCACAAAGCAUCUAUCUCGUGUUCAGCGUUGGUCCCCUUGCACUGCUCUGUAAAUAGGUAUAAAAAUGUUUUUAGGAGGGCUGUACAUAUUGACGGCGCACGACCAAAGACGUGUACGAAGCGCCACUGCUAGGCGAGGCGAUGGCCAAUGUAACUCGUGUAAUUAUAUGCUUCGGAGAUAGCGUUUAUUUUAAUUGCAGUUGAGUGCUCUGCGGUCGCUUCCACUUGUUUGAGUCUAUAACUCUGGAUAAGUGUAUUGAUCUUGUACAGCUGUUUGUAAUAAAGAAAGCGUUCUGCAACUGCCAA